UGUGUAUUGGAGACGGGGCGGAAGAUGGAACCUUCGCUUUCUGGUCGUUCAUUCCAUUCCACAGUAUUCCAAUAAUUCAAGAUAUUUGUACCAUUAUUUUGUCAUACGAUAUAAUCCUACUCAACUUCCUUCUCGUAUCUUUGGAUUUCCCUUCUUUUUCUUCCUUUCAAAAUCUAUCUCAAUUUCGUUUGCUGCAGGAAAAAGACUUCUCCGUCGUCCUCAAAUUUCCCACUCAUCACACAUCUUAAUUCGUUUUCUGAAACCUGACAUUCCUGCUGGACUCCCUCAGCGUCAGAAGUCCAGUUGGCGUGUUUGGUUGCCGAGAAAACAAGCUCAGAAAACGGUUAUAAUCCGACUGCUGCAGUGUCAUUGUGUCCUUUCGGUGGAUAAAAGGUGUUUGAUUUAGGUAAGAAUGGGGUAAGACAGAGAGAAGUGGAAAAGGAGUGACAUCCUUCUGGUAGAUCCAGUAGCUGCAUGGGCAGCUUAUUGCACCUUUUAAAUUUCAACCAGGACACCAUGGCCAGAAAGCUUUUUACACACAAGAAGCAUGAUGGUGGCCUUGAUGCUCCAAGAAAUAGCCUGGAAAUGCAGGUAGAACCUCAGAGCUAUUGCGAUGCUGGAGAUUUGCCGGUUGAAGAAGACUGGUCUAAAAAGAAUAAUCCAUUGGAACAAAGUUCAAUGAAGAAAUUAAUUAAUGACGAAAUAUCCAAACUUUCAAGUACCAGAAAAAAUGCACCAAACAUUGUGGCUCAACUAAUGGGAAUGGAUAUGUUUCCAGUGGAACCGAAAUCUGCAGUUCAGCCUCUGGAAGAAAAUGGAAAAAAUAGGAGAACGAAGUCUUUGAAAAAGGAAAUUAAUGGAAGGACCUCAGUUGGUCAUCUUUCUUCUAAGCUAAAUUCUUCAGGGCAGAUGGAUCUUGAUUCGUAUUAUCACAGUAAUGAGAGAGAUGCCACUAGGUGGAGUGAUAACCAGAAAAUCGAAAAUCCAAGACGUAGAGUACAUCCUCAAGAAGAAGAACUGAAAAAGUUCAAGAAAGAAUUUGAAGCAUGGCAAGCUGCCAGGUUUAGGGAAUGCUCAAGGAUUGUCGAAAUUGACAGCGACCUCAAUGAGGAAAAGAUGGUGGUUUCAGGGCAUAGAGCAACUGAAAGAACAUUAGAACAUAAGGAUCAUGCCGUCAAAGCAAUCUCUCAUGAAGGUGGUGUUUUGGAACGUAGAGGAGAUGAGUUUUCGGAACUAUUCCCAGCCGAGCAGACGGAGUAUUUGUCUUCAAGAAGCAGAAGAACCAUGAGCUUAGACUUUGAGAAAUCUACCCUGAUGAACAGUAAGAAGAGAUUCGAGUCAUUCGACGCAUCUUCUGCUCCUACAAGGAUAGUUAUCUUAAGACCUGGUCCUGAUAGACUUUGCAACCAUGAAGAGACUUGGGCAGGUUCUUCAAACACUCUAGAGAGGAAAGGUGGUAUAGAAGAUUUUCUCGAGGAGGUGAAAGAACGACUGAGAUGCGAGCUGCGAGGGAAAAUGCAUAUAAGGGGUUCUGUUGUCCGAGGAAGUGGAAUUGAGACCCCAUUUAGCGAACAGCCAUCAGCUCCGAAGCAAAUUGCUCAACACAUUGCAAACCAGGUCAGAGAAAGUGUGACUAGGGACCUUGGCAUGAAUUUGCUGAGAUCAGAAUCGACAAGAUCAUACAGAAGCGAAAUGCAGUUCAAUGGAUCAGGUUCCCCGGAGUUCAUGCAUAGAGAUACUAAAAGAAUUUUGUUAGAGAGACAAGGAAAUGUUUCAAAAAUAGAAACAAAACUUCGUGUUCCUGUAUUAGGUUCUGGGAGAUCUAGGUUAUCUGCAUUAGACAACGAAAGGGAAAGGGGAAUAGUGAAAUAUGAACACAAAAAAAACAGAUCAUUCAGACAUGGAUCACAUGAAGAUGAGGUGCUUGGUAGAGAGUUGUCGCCUAGAAAUUUCAUUAGAUCUUUAUCCGCCCCAGUACCCGGAACAUCCUUUGGGAAACUUCUUCUUGAGGACCGCCAAGUUUUAACAGGUGCUCACAUUCAGAGGAAGCAUGAAGGCAUUGGACAUGUGUCCAUGGAGAUGAAACAUCAGAAGAAAGAAAGGUUUAAUUUUAAAGAAAAAGUUUCCAAUUUCCGAUACAGUUUUAUGCUUAGGGGAAGGCUUUUUUGCAAAAAAAAUCAAUCAGUUCUAGAAUCACUUCAUACUGAACGGUAUCCUAUGAAGGAUAUCAUGAGCGGCCCAACAGUGAUUACGAACUCUGGAGAGAGACAUGAUAAUUUCACUGAGGUGCCUCCUAGUCCCGCAUCUCUGUGCAGCACUGCUCAGGAAGAUUUCUGGAGGCCAACUGAUUAUCUUAGUCCAAUAUCAACUCCGAGUGCAACUCCACGAGAAGAUAGUAUCAUGCCACAGGCUUUUAGAGAUAUCAGCGAUAAUCUGAGGGAGCUACGAAGACAACUGAACCAACUCGAGUCUAAUGAGCCCGAGGACAUAAAAGUUGAGGAAACAGUUGAGUCUGAAAUGGCUAGGUUAGACAACCCAGCAGAGGUUUACAUACGAGAUUUGCUUGUCGCUUCUGGUUUGUAUGAUGGAUCAUUUGAGAAAUCAAUAUCGAGAUGGGACACAAUUGUGAAGCCAAUCAGCAACUCAGUGUUCGAAGAAGUGGAAGAAUCGUAUAAAAACUUGGCCAACAAGGAAGAUCCUUCAGCAAAAGAUCACAAUGAGAGGGUAGAUUACAAAUUGUUACACGAUCUGUUAAACGAAGCUCUUUCAACUGUUCUCGGACCACCAACAAGCAUGUCUAAAUUCAGGAGAAAAAUGGUCAGCUCCUCUGCGCUGCCAGUGUUGCGCGGCAAGAAGUUGUUGAAUUGUGUGUGGGGAAUCAUCAGCGAGUGCCUGUACCCUCCAACUGAUGUACCCUAUUACUCGCUUGAUGAUAUGGCAGCCGGGGACCUGGGAUCAGCUCCUUGGUCGAGAUUGAUGGACGAGGAUGUUAACGCUCUGGGAAAAGAGAUGGAACGCCUAAUCAUGGGGGAUCUUGUGCAGGAAAUUUUGGAUGAACUGAAGUCAUGAUGGAUCUUAUGGAUGAAACUUGUUUUUUUGGGCACGAGUUAUUAGUGAGUUGAGCAUAUAUUUGAAGGAAGUAAAUAUGUUUGUGUUAGUUUUUGUAUAUACAUAUGCGUGUGUGUGUUCCUUGUGGGGUUUGUGAGAUUAGGAAAUAAGAGUAGUACUUUCACUCGAAAUAUAUGAUAUUGCAAGAGACUUGUUAUUCAA